AUGAACAGCCCUGCGAUCCAGGUAGGCGAGGCAGGGAAGCCCGUCAUCGAGCAUGACGAGGCCCCCAAAGGUGCGCCCGUGUCCGAAGCGGAGAUCGGGCGCUCAAUGGGCUUCUCCGACGAGGACCAGCAGCGCAUCAAGCGCCGCAUUGACCGGCGGCUGAUCCCGAUCGUCGGCCUGAUGUACUGCGUCUCGCUUGUCGACCGGACCAACGUCGCCGCCGCCAGUGUCGCCGGGAUGCUCGAGGAUCUGAGAUUGAUCGGCAACCGUUAUGUAUGCGCUGGCUAUUACUGCUGCUUUGUCCGUGCACUGUGCUAA